UUGCUGAAGAGCCAUCUCACGGCAGAUCCCGGAGAGGAUGGGGCUUGGCGCGUAGGCGGAGGUAGUUACUGGUUUUACCAGUGCAAGGCGAGGGUUGCCAUAGCUUUUUAUGUAGGGUGACCAGAACCGGCUGGAACUGGUUUGAGGCAGAUCAGCUCCUGAACACAAUGCAGUCACUGAGCUACUACAGUGGGAUAGCUUCCUCCCUUCAUGGCAGCCAAAAGCAGAGGAGCUUGCAGAAAGAUACCAUCCCAAAACAGUAUGUGAAUGCACACUUUAGACACACAGCACUGGCCUAUUGAUUGGGGCUGCCUUUAACCCUUUCAUAUUUGCAGAGGUAAUGCAUCUGUGGCAGUAACUGAGCAUUGGCUAAAAAAAAUCUUUCAAAGGUCAAGGUUCACAAGAUUUGCUUACAAUCAAAUACAUGACCAUGGGGGAUAUGAAGACCCCAGAUUUCGAUGACCUUCUUGCAGCCUUUGACAUACCAGACAUGGUCGAUCCAAAAGCAGCUAUUGAAUCUGGACAUGAUGACCAUGAAAGCCACAUAAAACAAAAUGCUCACACAGAUGAAGAUUCUCAUGCCCCAUCAUCAUCUGAUGUUGGUGUGAGUGUCAUUGUGAAAAAUGUGCGUACUAUUGAUUCUUCCGAAGGAGUGGACAAGGAUGGCCACCAUUCCACAGGCAAUGGCUUGCAUAAUGGCUUUCUAACGUCAUCAGCUCUUGAUAGUUACAGUAAAGAUGAAGGGAAGUCACUUAAAGAUGAUGGGUCAGCUUCUGAGACUACACUGAAGGAUUCGGCUUUCAACCAGUUUAGCCCGAUAUCAAGUGCUGAAGAAUUUGAUGAUGAUGAAAAAAUUGAAGUGGAUGACCCCCCAGAUAAGGAGGAGAUGCGUGCAAAUUUCAGAGCAAAUGUCUUGGCAGGAUCUGUAUCUCAGCAGGAAUAUGACAAACUAAAGGCACUUGGAGGGGAGAACUUGAUUAAAUCUGGAAUCCCAGUUUCAAGUAGUAUAGAUAAAAAUAAAGUUGCUAAACGAGAGACAGAGACAAACUCCAUGAAUUUAAGUGUCUAUGAGCCUUUUAAAGCUCGAAAAACAGAGGACAAAUUGCUAAAAGACAAUUCUGAAAAGCUUCUUGAAAACAGGGUACUUGAUGGAAAACUGAGUACUGAAAAAAGUGAAACAAAUCUUGCCAGCAUUUCACAGUCGAAAGCAAAGUCAUCAGCAAAGCUUUCUUCAUGCAUUGCUGCAAUUGCAGCACUGAGUGCUAAAAAGGCAGCUACAGAUACUGGUAAAGAUUUACAGUCUAAUUCAGGAGAAUCUUCUCCAUUACCAAAAGACAUGGGUGAAAGUCCCCAGGCUAUUGAAAAAUCACCUGAAUCUCAGAGUCUCAUUGAUGGUGCUAAAAAGCCAUCUAUCAAACCACCUGAUAGUCCCAGAAGUGUAUCAAGUGAAAACAGUAGCAAAGGGUCUCCAUCUUCUCCUGCAGGGUCAACACCAGCAAUUCCUAAAGUUCGCAUAAAAACCAUCAAGACUUCUUCUGGGGAGAUCAAGAGAACUGUUACCAGAGUGUUGCCAGAAGUUGAUUUGGACUCUGGUAAAAAGCCAGAGCAGACUGCUUCUAUGGUAACUUCCAUGACAUCUCUCCUGUCCUCGCCAACUUCUGCUGCUGUUCUUUCCUCUCCUCCUAGAGCUCCUCUCCAGUCCACAGUUGUCACCAAUGCAGUUGCAUCUGCAGAACUUGCACCAAAACAGGUCACUAUCAAACCUGUGGCUACUGCCUUUCUCCCUGUUUCAGCAGUUAAAACAGCAGGUUCACAAGUUAUUAAUUUGAAGCUUGCUAACAAUACUACAGUGAAAGCCACUGUAAUAUCUGCUGCUUCAGUGCAGAGUGCCAGUAGCGCCAUUAUAAAAGCUGCCAAUGCUAUACAACAGCAGACUGUUGUGGUGCCAGCAUCAAGCCUUGCCAGUGCUAAACUUGUGCCAAAGACAGUCCAUCUUGCCAACCUUAAUCUUCUGCCUCAAGGUGCUCAAACCACCUCUGAACUCCGCCAAGUGCUAACGAAACCUCAGCAACAAAUAAAGCAGGCAAUAAUUUCUGCAGCAGCCUCACAGCCUUCUAAAAAAGUGUCUCGAGUCCAGGUGGUGUCAUCUCUACAAAGUUCUGUAGUGGAAGCAUUCAAUAAGGUGCUGAGUAGUGUCAAUCCCGUACCAGUUUACAUCCCAAACCUUAGUCCCCCUGCCAAUGCCGGAAUAACGUUACCAACACGAGGUUACAAGUGUUUGGAGUGUGGUGACUCAUUUGCUCUUGAGAAGAGCCUGACCCAGCAUUAUGACAGGAGGAGCGUGCGAAUUGAAGUGACAUGUAAUCAUUGUACAAAGAAUUUAGUUUUCUACAAUAAAUGCAGUCUUCUUUCCCAUGCUCGUGGACACAAGGAAAAAGGAGUUGUAAUGCAAUGUUCACACCUGAUUUUAAAACCAGUCCCAGCAGAUCAAAUGAUAGCAUCUCCUUCAAGCAAUACUGCUACAUCUAUGCUUCAAAGCCCUGUGGGAGUUGGCACACAUACUGUAACAAAGAUACAGUCUGGCAUAACUGGGACAGUAAUAUCAGCCCCAGCAAGUACACCUGUCAUUCCAGCUAUGCCACUAGAUGAAGAUCCAUCAAAACUCUGUAGACAUAGUCUAAAGUGCUUGGAGUGUAAUGAAGUUUUCCAAGAUGAGACAUCUCUUGCAACUCAUUUCCAGCAGGCUGCAGACACAAGUGGACAAAAGACAUGCAAUAUCUGCCAGAUGCUGCUUCCUAACCAGUGCAGUUUUGCAUCACACCAGAGAAUUCAUCAGCAUAAAUCUCCAUACACGUGUCCAGAAUGUGGAGCAAUCUGCAGAUCUGUCCACUUCCAGACUCAUGUCACUAAGAACUGCCUGCAUUAUACCCGAAGAGUUGGUUUUCGCUGCGUGCAUUGCAAUGUUGUAUACUCUGAUGUGGCGGCGCUCAAGUCUCAUAUUCAAGGUUGUCACUGUGAAGUCUUUUACAAGUGUCCUAUCUGUCCCAUGGCAUUUAAAUCUGCUCCCAGCACACACUCCCAUGCCUAUACACAACACCCGGGUAUCAAGAUAGGCGAACCAAAAAUAAUAUAUAAAUGCUCUAUGUGUGACACUGUGUUUACUCUACAACCUUUGCUCUAUCGCCACUUUGAUCAGCACAUUGAAAACCAGAAGGUGUCUGUUUUCAAGUGUCCAGACUGUUCUCUUCUAUAUGCACAGAAACAGCUUAUGAUGGAUCAUAUCAAGUCUAUGCAUGGAACUCUGAAAAGUGUUGAGGGGCCACCAAACCUGGGGAUAAAUCUGCCUCUCAGUACUAAACCCACAACUCAGAACUCAGCCAGUCACAACAAAGAGGACACAAAAUCUGUCAACGGAACAGAAAAGCUGGAGAAGAAAUCUCCUUCUCCCAUAAAGAAAGCAGAGCCUAAAAAAGUCGCUAAUCCUGGCUGGACUUGUUGGGAGUGUGAUCGGCUCUUCACUCAGAGAGACGUUUACAUCUCUCAUAUGAGGAAAGAACAUGGAAAGCAAAUGAAGAAACAUCCGUGUCGACAAUGUGACAAAUCUUUCAGUUCAUCCCAUAGUUUAUGUCGUCAUAAUCGUAUCAAGCACAAAGGCAUUAGGAAGGUUUAUACAUGCUCGCACUGCCCAGAUUCAAGACGUACUUUUACCAAGAGGUUGAUGUUGGAAAAACAUAUUCAGUUGAUGCAUGGCAUUAAAGACCCUGAUGUGAAAGAAAUGACUGAAUCAACCAAUAUGGAAGAAAGGGAGGUAAAAGAAGACACAAAGGUUCCUAGUCCAAAGCGUAAAUUGGAAGAACCUGUACUGGAAUUCAGGCCUCCACGAGGUGCAAUCACUCAGCCAUUGAAGAAGCUAAAGAUAAAUGUUUUUAAAGUUCACAAGUGUGCUGUUUGUGGCUUUACAACAGAAAAUCUUCUCCAGUUUCAUGAACAUAUUCCUCAGCAUAAAUCUGAUGGCUCUUCAUACCAAUGCAGGGAAUGUGGACUGUGCUACACAUCUCACGUGUCCCUCUCCAGACAUCUCUUCAUUGUACAUAAGCUGAAGGAGCCUCAGCCAGUAUCAAAACAAAACGGGUCUGGGGAGGAUAAUCAGCAAGAAAAUAAACCCAAUCACGAAGAUGAAUCAUCUGACAGUACAGCAUCAGACAGAAGAUGCAAAGUGUGUGCAAAGACUUUUGAAACUGAAGCGGCCUUAAACACUCACAUGAGAACACAUGGCAUGGCCUUCAUUAAGUCAAAAAGAAUGAGUUCAGCUGAAAAGUGAUCAGAUUAUUUGGGACGCAGAAAUCUCUCUCCACAUUGGAAUACUAAUGACAUUUUUGCUACAGAAAGUUCAAGGUAUAAUAGUGUUAACAGUACUGUUCAGGCUGUUGCAAUAUAUUCUGCAUAAAAGUGUCCCCUUCACCUCAUUGUCUAUACCCUCAAAACCAUUGAAGCAGUAUUUGAGUUGAAAAGAGUUUGUAUAUAUUUAAACUAAUAACUUUUAUACUCUUUGUUAUGUGUUUGUAUCGGUAUCUAGUGGAAAAUUUGGUUUUUUCUGUUUUGUUUCUGGUUUUUUUCUAGUAAGUUUCUUUAAAACAGAGUUCUGAAUGCUGGGGCAGUUCCUUAGGUUCUCUUAAACUGUUUCUUAUUUGAAUGCUUCUGAAAGAAAGUUUAGCUAAUGGAAGUGCAUCAGAAGGCAGUGCUUGGAGGGGAGUGGGGAGGGGAAGCAAGCUAAGGGGAGAUUUUAAAUUCUAAGAACUUGUGCUUCUAAAUGUCUAAGGAAGCUUUUAAACUU